CGUCAAAAAAUCGUUCUUUGCCGUUCUCGUUGUUAAGUUUUGUGUCAUGAUUUUAUCAGUUUUGCGAUUAAAUAUCAUAGGAUUACAUUAAAAAAACAGAUAUGCCAGAAGAAACUGCAGUAGACAUCCAGAGGACUCUGGAACUCUUAGAGGAUCCGAUAAUGGAGGUUCCAUUAGUCCGAAGUCAACAUUACAAAGUGUUUAUGAAAGCACUAGAAAAUGGCACUGAUGUUAGUUUGCCAGUGCUGAACAGAAUAUUGGCUCUCUGUGUGGUUGAGCUUCAUGAGGACAAAAAGUGCUGCCUUGUUGCAAUAAAAAUCAUUUAUUUAAUCCUCAAAAAAAUCAAAGCAGAAGACCAUCUCACCUUACCAAAUUUAGUACCAUCUAUAACUGCCAUUUUAAACACAAUCAAAACAACAGCAUUGCUGAAUAACAUGGAAAAUCUACAAACAUUGUGUUUUGAGACAUUGGAUUUAUACCCAAACAAAACUCUUACGGAAGUGGCUUUGAAUUCUACAGAAAUAAUAGAAGUUAUUAACCUAUAUUGCCAACAUCUGCUACCACUGGAAAUACAACUAUUGCCCUGUUCAAUAAUUCUGAAGUUGCUAAAGAUAUUGCCGCCAGAAAAGAAAGAAGCAUUUGUGAAAGCCAACUUGAAUGUCUGGUUUUCUAAACUUAUACCCACUAUAUUUGCUGCGAACAGAGUUGACAAUGAUUUGCCAAAUGCUACACCAUUAGAUACAUUGGAGCUUCUAACUGAUGCAUUAGUAGCAGUAGAUUACGAUGAUAAUACUCAGUGGCAAAUACUCAUGGAAUGCAUAUACAACCCUCAAAAGUAUCCAGCUACAAUGAAGCAAAUGCUUGUAAAUGGUAGGAAAAAUUGGCACAGAUUAUGGAUAGUAUGCAUACGAUUGCUGAAAAACCAAAUCACACGGAUCAUGAGCAAAGUGGGUAGUCCCAUUAAUUCUAUGCUCCCAGUUGUGGAAACAGCUUUCAAACUGGAUGUGACUAACAGAUGUCGAGCAUUCCAGUGCUGGGAUGUUUUAAUAGAUAAUUUUCAUACAGAAACCAAUGAAAGUUAUAUAGUAAAAAGACUGAAAUUACUCAUAAUACCCCUUCAAUCAAAUAAUGCAAAAGUAGAAGCCACAGCGCUGGCUAAAAUGAAAACAUGGUGGCAUUUAAUACAAAAAUUUGAAUCAAGACUGGGCAACUUUGUUGAGACAAUAAUAAUUUCAUUUCUACACUUCUGCUUUGGAAAACAAAAACCUGGAUUCGUUCCAGGAUUGUUGACAGUAGAAACUAAAAAGCAGGCGCUGGAAAUGUUAAUUGCUCUAGCUGGCCAUUCCUCUUGUACUGGAUGUGUGAAUGUCCCUAAAUUAAAUGGAAAAAUCAUUUCUACAAACAUCUUGAUAGAUUUUUUGAAUGAUUGGAUGUACUCUUUAAAAGUUGCAAUUGUAAAUUAUAAAGAAAACAUUGGAAUAACAAUCAAACAAAUGACUUGUCUUUGGAGAUCAUUUAUAGCAAUUGUUGCUGAACUGCCUGAUAACAAUGUCAGGAAUGAUAUUUUUAAAGAAUUCCUGGCUAUAGUUCAAACUUGCAUAAAGGAUAUUAAAUGUGCCGAUGUUGGUGUCCACUGGAUUGCUUCAUUAUUUGUUGACCAAAAAACCGAAGGACUCCUAAAACUUCAAGAUAAACAAGGUCCUAUUUUCAAAAUGAUCCUAUUACUUCUGGAUCAAUCACUCAGCACCUAUUACAGAACAUGUGAUACAAAAGUUAUUUCAAAUACCUUGAAGCCUGUGGCAAGUUAUAUUUUGGACAAGGAAAUUGAAAGUUCUUCUAAACUAUUGUCCUGGUUGUUAAAUUUGGAUGACACAGUUUCACAGAGUAACAUUUCUUUUCUCCUGACACCCCUUGCUGAGUGUGUUUAUGAGCUGGAGUAUGAAGAUGUCAGCAAUAUUAAUAGUUUAGUGUUGUGGCCUUUCGAAGCUAAAAACUUUUUUGUAGAUAUUGUCUAUUGUGGUCAAGUGUGGAGCAAAUUGAUUGACUAUAUCUAUCCCAAAGCAGAUGAUAAUGCUAAAGAUGACAUCGCUAAUGCUUUGUGGAGCACUCAAAUUACCACUAACCUUAACUUGAAGCUGCAGGCGUGUAUGGUGAUUCUCAAGCACGAAUUGGAAAGUGUUUCAGUUGUUGGGUACACGAAAACGGUGGAAUUGUUGAUGCUGAUAACAAAUGAAAUUAAAAGUGACAUCGAAUUUAGCAUUCUGAAUAUGCUGAUUAAAAUAGAAAAAUCUUUGUUGAAAGUAGCACAAUAUGAGAAAGACAAGAUUCUUAUGGAUCAUACUAUACAUGUUGCUGAGAACAUAUUUAAAAUGUUGAAUCUAUUUAAAGAAAAUGAAGAGGAUAAAAUGAAAAUGACUGAAGAUUUACUAAGUUCUAUUGAACCUGUAUUUUUGAGUAACCCAUAUCAUUCAAUUGUUACCUUGGUAUUGGUAGACUCAGGGUUAGUACAGACAAACACUGCACUUCAAAAACGCGUGAUGAGAGUUUUGGAAAAAUACUCAACAAAAAUAAUGUCAACAGAUCCUGCAUUCAAAAUAAUUCAAGACGCUAUUAGCAAAUUAGAAACAACUACUAAAAAAUCUGAACAACCAGUUGAAGAUGCUAUUAGCAAAUUAGAAACAAGUACUAAACAAUCUGAGCAGCCAGCUGUGAAAGGUGAAAAUGUAACUAACAAAAAAUUUGCAGAGCCUGACGUUAAACUAAUUGUAAAAAAAGGAAGGAAAAAAGAAACUAGCAUUGUAAAUACUGUAGUUGAAAAUGGUGAAGAGUUUGUAGUCGUGAAAUCUAAUUGGAAGUUUAACCCCAGAAAAUUAACUGAAAAUCAAAAAGAAAAAUUCCAAAAGAAGCGAGAGGAUAUACCAGCUUUGUAUCAAGACUUAUCUCAAUCUCAGGAUGAAUUUAAGUUAGCCACUUGGAAAACUGAUUCACAGGAUUCAUCCUCUACAAGUAGUAAGUCAACUUCGGCUAGCAAAUCCACCGAUUCUCACAAUGUAACAGAAAUGCUCAAAAAGAUGCCCAGUUCUGAUGUUGUACCUAAAAUAAUAGAGAACAUAUUCUCAGAGAAACCUGUUACUGACGUUAAUGUAGAAAAAAAAUCAAGUGGCGAUCUAAAUAAAGUUAAACAAACCACCACUCCAAAAGAUCCAAAAUCACCUCGAAUGGCUUUGAAAGACAGAGUAUUUCGUAAUGUGAGGAAUUUAAUAGAAAAAUCUAAUGGACAAAAGGAUGGUAAAGAUUUAUCUGAAAGUCUUAUUCAGAUUGAAAAUAUUCCUAAAACUCCCACGUUGAAAGGUAGUAGUAAUAACAGUAGUAAUUUGGCUAACUCGGCGCCGCCUAAAAUUAAUUCGGAAAGACCAUCUCGUGUCAAAAGAAAGCCUAAAAAAUUUGAUGAUGUGCAGAUAUUUCCUCUAAAAAGAGGACGACGGUCUUCAAGUCAGAAUGAUUCCUCCUGUUCACCAACGCCGCCUAUUGAGAAUGAGCUUGAAAAAGAUGAUACUUCAAAGGCAGAAAAUGAUGUGCUGAAAAAUCGUAAGACUGAAAAUGAAAAGUCUUCACCAACUUCAAGUCAAGAUUCCAGCGUAAUACAUACGGUUGCUGUAAUUGAAAACGCUCCGUCUGAAGAUAAAACGCCGCUACUUCAAUGUGAUACAACCCCGCAUGUUGAAGAAUUCAAUAAAUUAGACUCAGCUGCUAUUAUAACCGAUAACAAUGAAAAAAAUAAAAAAAUGGAUGCAGAAGACGAACGUCAGAAGGUGUCACCAGAACAGACGUCGAGCGUUGAAGUUCAAAACAAUGAACCAGUCGAGAGGGAAUCCGAUGUUAUCUUAUUAUCAGACAAUAAAGAAGUUAUUGAACUAUCAGAGGCCAAAGAUACCCCAUCACCUCCGAAAGAAGAACCUGUCAAAGAUGACUCUACUAAUAAAGACGCACUUGUUGAACCCAUUAGCGACCAUAAAAAAGAUUUAGCGAUUAUUAAUAAAGAAGAAAAUAAACCAAGUGAAGGCAGUUCAGCCAAUGAUAAAGCUAAAAUAGAUAAAACACCAAAAAGAAAACAAGAAACACUUGAGCCAAAAUUGACUAGGAGAAGUACUGUCAAAAAAUCGCGAAUCGAAAAAGAGUUGGCUAUAGAUACAGUUGAAGGGCAUCCUUUCCUGAAAAUUCAAACAGAAAAACGUAUGACAAGGAAAAAUCUAAAUAAUUCAAUGAAAGAUACACUAUUGAACAAUACAAGAAGAAAAAGUUUGGCGGAAAAACUUAAUAAAUCGAAAGUAGAUGCAAAAACGACUCCAAAAACAUUAAAAAAGGAUAAAACUAAAACUAGUCCUGACAACACUUCUGUUACAAUUAGUGAGAGUCAGGAGAAUUACUCGGAAAUAUCAGAUGAUCUUCCUUUAUCUGAAGAUGUCAUAGAAAGUUCUCAAGACUCCUCAAUCACUACCAUUUCAGUGAAGCCUAUAAAAAGUGUUCUGAAAAAGGUAUCGGUGAUGGUACAUAAAGUACCCUUAUCUCCGUCGGUAGGUCCUUUCGAAACUCAAGACUUAUUAACCACCAAUAAUGAUGAAGUUAUGACCAACAAAACUUUAGAUUCAGAAAGCAAGGAUGACAGCAUACUGCCUCAAAACAAAACCGCCGUAACUGAUAAGACUGACUUAGAAUUAACAGAAAACAUGGAUACACAGCCUAUACACACUGAAGAUAUUGAAAGCAAAGAUGAUUCCAAUGAUGUUAUUAUUGUUUACGAUGACGAUGUUAUUGUGAUCAGUUCAGAAACUCAAGAAAUCGCUGAAGCAGACACUCAGCCCAUGAAUCCCGCCGAUUUAAUAGAGACCAGCCCCACACUAAACAAAGUGAAUUCCAUUAAGGCUGUAGAUACCACUGAAGUUAGUGACGUCCAAAUGAUGGGUUGUAACACCGAAGACGAAAUCACGACGACCAUAAACGAAUCAUCUGUUAUUUGUAGCGUAAAAGCUGACGCAGCCAACACAGCUUCAUCGCCGUUCAAAGACGAAGCGCAGAGAAAGAAAGAUUUUCUCAACAACACCUUAGAAAUAUCGCCGAUAAAAACUUUGAGCCCUGUCAGAGACAAAAAGUCUCCAUCGCCAGAAACGAGUAGCGACUAUGUAGUUAUAAAAUUAUCAUCUCCCGUUCAAAGUAAUGGGGAGCCUUUCGAGAAGUGUAAUUCGCCUGAGAUAUUCACUGAAGACAAAGUUUCGCCAGAUAAGAGGGAUUUAUCUCCACCCAGAGAAGAAAAUGCGAGCAAUAAUAACUCAAGUCCAAGUUCCUCUUUGUCCCUCAAAAAGAACAGACCUCAAGUUCGGUCGGGCGGCAGAGCGGCACAAAUGUUGGGCCUGUGUGUGCCUGAUAGACUUCAAACUAUCAUGAACACCGAAAGAUCUGAAGCUGAAGAGCCUAAGAAGAGUCCGUCCACAACACCUGCGAGGAGAAACCUGAGGAUUUUAUACAACUCUGUUGGCGAUACCAGCGAGAAUAAUGACGACAGUGAAAACAGUGAAAACUUCCUGAAGUUCAAGAGGUCUUUACCGACAUCUGAAUGCAGUCCGUCGGGUCCUAUUUUGAAAAGAAAAUUAGCUGAAAUAACUGACGACGCUACGGUUUCAUCAGCCAGCAAAAGGAAAAGAGUAAGCUUCCACGACCCACCGGUAUCCACAACGAUUGCUGUACAGAAGUACAUAGAACCAUGUGGGGUCAGAUCUCCUUCGAACUCUGCAUUGAAACGUCAGGAGAGACAAAACUUGCGCUCGCAAAUUGUACCUAAAUCGCCUAAAAGACUUGAUAUUGUGUUCAAACUCGAUAACGCACUCACAAAGACUGUUGAAAGUUUUAAUGAUAGUGAAACGACGAGUGAUGUUACUCAGUCUAUGUCAUUAGACGAGACGCCGGCUGUGGAGAUUAUAAAGCAUAGUGAUAUGAAUGAUGUCGACCCAAUUUGUCCUGAUUUAGUUGACUGUAAUGAUCCGAUUGAUAAUAUUGCUGCCGAGCUCUCAUCAGCAUCUAUGAAAACCAUGUUCUUGAAAGAAUUGGAAGGUCAAAUAGCGACUGUCGGUGAUUUUGCAAAGAAGACUGAACUCGAAGUGAACCGAUUGUGUAUAAAAGCACCAAAGGUAAAAGUCGCUAAGAGAGUGCUCAAUGAUUAUGCGAGAAAAAUCGCAGAAAGAAUUGAACCUCCUGUUAUGUUUAUUGAACCUGUGGAAAAGAAUAUUUCCCCUGAAGUCGUAGCUGUUAAUAAGAUAGAUAUCGACACCCAGACCUUUGGUACUGUAUCAACUGAUGUUGAAAUACAAACUAAUGAAGUACCUGUAGCGAUAGGUUGUGUACAAACAGAUGAGAAGAUUAUUGCUCAUAUCGGCGCACAAACUGACGAAAGUGGAGUCAAAUCUACCAAGGAUUUGGUAGCAUCAUGUAUUGCUGAGAGACCUGACUUUGUGGAGACACUUGGAGAAAACUUAGAAGAAUCUGCAAAACAACGAAUUGCAGAGAGAUUGUCAUUUGAAACAGUAACAGAUCUGUUUAUGAAGAAUGUUACGAAUUCGAAUACAAAAUCGCUGAUUACGCGAAUAUUGAGUAAGCAUAGCAAUGCUGAAGCUUCAAGUGAGCAAAUUAGACAGAAAGACUUGUCAUUUCUACAAGACUACAUAAGUGAGAGGUUUGACAACAAAGAUCUGAUUUUAUUCUGUAGCCAAAUGCUAGCAAAAAUCCAUAACAAAUCAUAAGCAAUGAUUUUAUUGAUUAGUAAUUAGGUUUUGAUUUAUAUGACACAAAUUUUGCAACUGUGUGUAGAACACAAGUAAAAGUACGAACUAUCAACUUUACAGUGAAGUUUUUAUCGCGCGCGACAAGAAUGCUCUUAUUUGCUUCGUCAUACGUCAUAAGAUUGCCUUUUCUUUUGUUUUACUCACAGUCGCAAAUAUGAUUACUCUUGUAAUACAUAUAACCUACUUAUCAAGUGUUUUUUCUGUGAUUAAAUUGCCUUUGUAGUCUACUAGUACUUACCGUU